AUGUCUCUAAGGACUGGCCCCAUAUCUAUGCCCGGUCGGCGUAUCAUUCGCGAGGCCUUCGACGGGCUUCAGCAGACCGUGUCGCCGGUAGAGGCAAAAGAUUUCCAGAAUACCACUUUGGAAGACGUCCAAAAAGCAGCACUUGCUAUCGAGAACCAGCUGGCAGCCAGGAAAACGCUCAGAAACAUGCGCCGCUUGAUGCCUUUGUUCCAAGGGUUGGAACAUUACUCACAGUCAAUCGAGGUGUUGUGCAAUGGCACGCCAUAUCUGCCUUGGAUCUGGGCUCCUAUAAAAUUAAUCCUGACGGUCGCAUCAGACUUUGUUGAAGCUUUUGAACGAAUUGUUACCGCGUAUUCACAAAUUGCAGAAUCUUUACCCAGAAUGGAUAUGCUUAACGAAGCUUUCAGAAAGAAUAUUCAGUUUCAAGAGACUUUGGCCGUUUUCUAUUCAGACAUAUUGAAUUUCCACCGCCACGCGUACCUCUUUGUUCGGAGAAGUAGCUGGAAGAUCUUCUUUCUCACAUCAUGGGGUCGCUUUCAACGGCGUUUCGACACGAUUCUCGCUGAUAUGAAAGCUCAUGAAGAACUCAUUGACAAGACGGCCAACGCUGUCAAUAUCUUGGAAGCCUCCAAGAUGAGAGAAAGCCUACGUGAUCAGAGAAACGAAAAUCUUAACGACGUUGCAAAGCAAGAAGAUGAGGUCUCUGCUAGGCAGUACCAGGCCAUCGUUGGAUGGCUGCAAAUAGAUGAUACAGACCAGCAAAUCAUCUUUGACUCAAUCGCGUCAGAAGCAGAAAAGAAUGAAGGGACUUGCAAUUGGAUAUUGAAGCAACCGAUUCUCGUAUCGUGGAUGAGAACUCAGUCGGAAACACCAUUCGUGUGGCUUCAAGGUCAUCCAGGAGCGGGUAAAAGUGUAUUGGCAACACAAAUUGACGCUUUUCUUCGGAGCAGCCAUCAGUCUCUCGUCGUUCGCCAUUUUUGCACCUACUCUUAUGGUUCAUCAAUCCAAUUUGAUCAAAUUCUCCGAUCAUUACUUAUUCAGCUGAUUCGACCAAAUAGUGACCUAAUAAGCUAUGUUUAUGAGGAAUUUGUCUUGGCGAAACAAGCCGCUUCGAUCAAAUCGCUAUCUCAGUUGAUCCGGACCAUUUGCGAAGCUAUCUCACCCAUCCCUUCCAAGAAGAAAUAUGUCCAUAUCAUUCUGGAUGGGCUAGAUGAAUGCGAUAUUGAGAAACAAGGAAGAAUAACGAACUUACUGGAGACACUGGUUUCUUUAGGGAGCCCAGCGAAUUCUGGGGUGGUCAAAAUACUGAUUUCCAGUCGGCCAACAUCAUUCUUAUUGAAGAGAUUUCGAAAGCGAUCCACUGUUUCACUUGCCGACGAAAAAGGUAGAAUUGGAGAGGCCAUCGAAAAUUACGCUUAUCAGAAGUUAAGCCUCUUGGAUAAUCGAUUCUCAGACCUUGGCAUACGUGACGCAGAUAUUAAAGACCUCUCUCAUCGCGUAUCCUUGAAAUCUGACGGUAGCUAUGAACGAAUUUUGUCACAGAUGAUUGCCAGGUUGGACACCAGAUCACUUGGGCGCAUCAAAUCUCUUUUAGGAUGGGUGGCUUUCGCCAGGCGGCCGCUAACACAAGUUGAAUGUCGCUCAGCUAUGGCAUUUGGUCAAGGGGUUAUAGAGACUCCUAUGAUGCCACCCCAGUACAUUUUUGAAAUGUGUAUGCCGCUUAUUCAAGAGAAUAAAGAUGGUACUUUCUCAUUCAUUCAUGUUUCAGUCAAAGACCAUCUCAAAUCGCCUGAGAGUACGAUUGGUUUGAUCGAGGCUGACGCCAGAUGCGAACAUGGAGUGGCAUCCAUCACCUGUCUACUAGCCGGUUUUCGAGUUUUCGAUACAGCGUAUGACUCAAAUGAUCGAAAUUUGAGAAUCUUGAGAGGCAUUCAUGGUUUUCACAUAUAUGCAACAGAGUAUUGGCUCGAAGACUUGCUAUGUAGCAAUGCUGCUUUCGGUGGCAGCGAGAUUGCGGCUCUUCUGUGCUCGACAGCUAGAAUAUUGGCAGACCGCCUAAAUGCGGCGAGCCAUCUAGCGGGAACUUCAACAGAGCAAGAACUGCGUACAUUAGACGAUCGUCUAGGCAACUUCGCAGACCAAGGAGCCGUAUAUGACAUGCUACGGUAUGCCUUGAUGGAGAGGUCCGCGAAAACUAACUCUGACCAAGCCAAGCACGAAAGCUUUUCUGCUAGUCAUACCCGGCCUGAACCCCAGAGUCUCAAGGACUUGUUGGCUUGCUAUCAAGCUAGCAUCCGGUACCUAUUGUCGAUCUCCUCGUUCCCAGGAAUGACAUUAGGGGAAUUGGAGAAAUUUAAACGAGAGUUUCGAACAGCCGCAUUUACUUGCCGUGUUCGAAAUUGUCCCUGCGCAACCAAAGGCUUCUCUGACGAAAAGAAAUUAUCGGAGCAUGAACAAAGACACGUACAACGAAUCAGUUGUACAGUC